AUGAUGAUAAAAUUGAUAGUUAUAAAUAUUCUUUUUUCAAAGCUAGAAGUUGCCGAAGCCGGAGUGGCUUGUCCGAACUCGUGGAGUACUUUUGGCGACUUUCACUACAAAGUUUUUGAGAGCGGCAAAGAUGGAGUCGGAGAAAAAAGCUGGAAUGAGGCGGAAUCUUAUUGCAAUUCGCAAGGAGGAGAUCUCGUUGAUUUUCAGUCGGAGCAAGAGAUGCUUUUCAUCUACAACCAGCUAAAUUGGCAAGAGCGCGGCUACCGCGGCUACUGGAUCGGCCUCAACAACCUCGAAAACGUCAAUCAAAACGUUUGGGUCAAUUCAAUGUCGAUCGAAAAGCCGUACAACUUCAAAUACUGGGGCCCUCAGCAAGAAACAAACUCCGAUCCAUCCAAGCGAUGUACCUUCGCGCUAUUCACCGAAAAUCUCCCCCAAGAUUACGGGACCGAAGGCAAAUGGGUCAAGAACGAAUGUACGAAGCGAUUUAGCUUUAUCUGCAAAGUCCAGAAAAUGGGCUGCGUCCCUGACUGUCGCAACGAAGAAGGCUGGUACAAGAUGGAUGUUGGUCGAUCUGAUCCUUCAUGUGUCAAAGUCAUUCCUUCGUCGACCAAUAGAAAUUUCGAUUUGACCAAUUCAAAGUGCCAGGACAUGGGUGGUCAGCUAGUGACGAUUGAAAACAUGGAGGAGAACGACUUCAUCGUCGACCUGAUUCAGGAUGAAAUCAAGAAAUGGGACCAAGCAGUUCAAAACAAGUACUACGGCGCCUGGAUCGGGUUAAACAAUCUGAACGCGCCGAAAAACCAGCCAGACAGAUUCGAAUGGGUUUCCGGGGCACCAGAUUUCGGCUUCCGAAAUUGGGCCUAUGGCGAGCCCGAUGCGGCACUCGACAUGUAUCCAAGCGCGAUUGCUGCUGCUUUCGGCAAUCCUGGUUCUGGAGAGUGGGAAGCAGUCAUUUCGAGAGAACAACUCUCCGGCGUUUGUCAAAAACCCCUUGGCGGAACUUGCCCCGAUGGAUGGUCGCUCAUCAGAAUCAACGAUAACAGCAGCAAGUGCUACAAAUUCUUCCUAAACGGACAAUACCAUCAACCCUGGCUCGAGGCGAAGAAAUACUGCGAAAGCGUCGGAGCGGAGCAGUUGAGAAUCCAAAGCAUUCAAGAGCAAGAAGCUCUUGGAAAUUAUUUCCACGAGUGGUUAGAUGCAGGCGUCACUAGAAUGUGGCUAGAUCUGUCGAAUAUGCACCAGUCGGUGCCGUUGAAUGGCGCUCAGUGCGACAUGCGCUACUCUUCUUCCGGCCAAUCACCUGGCUACACUUCCUGGGAGGCAGAGCAGCCCAAAUGUCUGGAACAAUCGCAUUCCUGUGCCUACAUGAAUCUCGAAAAAUCGAAGCAAAACUGGAUCUCAGAAGGCUGCACUUCUAGGGAAGCUUUUGCUUGCUCAAUGCCAGCGCCCUUCAAUCUGCGUCCGACGGAAAAACCGACUUCCAAUUUGACUUGCUAUAAUGAUGCGAGCUGGACGUUGAAUUUUUAUUUGAACGAGGAUAAUGGAAUGUGCUACAGCUUUUCGAACUUCUAUAAUGGAACGAGUCUUUUGAAAGGGCUCUAG